CACAGUCUGCCCAGAAUAGCAACUGAAGCCGGGACAGUGUGACUGUUAGAGAGCAACAGAAACGCUCUGACACACGGCUGAACAUUCAACAACCCCUCUGGUUUUGGACUGUUGGUUCGACAAAGCAAAAUAUUUGAAUGCAUCAACUUGUGCUAUGGAAGAAACGUUUCCAUGAAGAGCAACAGGUUUUGGAUGAUCCUGUAAGAACGGGAAAGUUUCACAGUCAAUCUUUGUUUCUAGAUAUUUUUAUCAGCACUGAUGAAAGAAGAGUCCCCCCCCCCACACACACACACACAUUUUUUACACUUGGACACCGAGCAGCUAUAACAGUUAUUGAGUCUUCCCUACCAGAGCUAAAAAAGAAAAGAAAAACAAAGUAAAGAAUUUCCCAACUGGUUUAUUUUUAGACUACCAAGGACAUUUUAGAGAAUUGUUUUGUUGUUGGAACCAGAGGGCUGUUUAGCCCUUCUCCUUACACGGGGAGGUCAGCAGUGCCUGACAGAUCUUCUAGGGACUUUGCCCAAACACACUACAACAGAAGAGACACUCAAUGUGGUGGUGACUGAGCUGAGCCCUGGACCCUUUGCACGUCUUCUGAUGUACCAAAGAACAUGCUGCACCUAAAGAAAUACUUCAUGGAGGGCCUUAUCCAGAUGGCCAUCCUGCUCAGCCUGUGUGGGGUGAGGGUUGACGUGGGACUGGAGCCCUACCUGCCUCCCUCCUGGCACGAGAUGAUCCUGGGUCCGACCUCUGCACUGACCCAGACGCAGUUCCACAACUUCCGCAACAGCCUGGAGGACGCCCAUGGCCUGCACCCCAAGAGUGUGGACCUGGACGGGUUCUUCACGGCACGGAGACUGCUGGGCUGGGUCCACUCUCUGGACAGACUACAGGUUCCUCACGCAGAGCUAGAGACAUGGCUGGUCCAGCAGGAGCCAGAUCCUCUCCCUGUGGGAUGUCCAGACCAACCCUCCCCACUGGAGAGAGCACCUGCUGGGGCACAGAGAGACCGAACUGCCCCGCCUGUGGAAUCCAGAGCUGGACCUGUUACCCUGCAGGAAGAAGAGGAGGAUGAGGGUAAAGAGGAAGGAACGCAUCAUGUACUUAAUCAAAGUGGUGCUCUGGAUGAGAGAGUGGAGGAAGAGGAGGACGAGGAAGACCUGGCUGGUAUGCAUAGGCAUUACAGGAGAACAGAGGGAGGAGAAAGACCAGGAGGUUCCUAUGGCCGUACUAACAACAGAGAGCUAACACAGAAUGAAAUAGACCAGUCUUCUUUCUCCCUCCAGGAGUGUUUGAGGCUGUUGGAGGAAACCUUUCCCUUCACAGAGGAACAACAGUUACAUGAUGUUGGCUGUAGAGUGGGAGACCUUGAGCAUCAACCCCCAGACAGGGAGCCCAUUCUGCCCCCAAUCAUCCCCACUGGAAACCCUGCCUUGGACCUGGAGCUUCACUGGCAGGACUUGUUGGCUAUCAUGGAACCUGAGAACACAGGUGUUGACAUGAGGACGUCAUUUGACGACAACCGGAAUUCGAGAGCAACUGGUACCCUACAGCAAAACUGUAACAACCAUGACAAUGACGUAUCGGAGGCUGAUCAAGAGGUCCUUCUAAUGGAGACUCCCCUACAGCAUGGUUUGUUGGGGCCUCCAAGCCAGUCAGAGCUAGAGCUAGCGCCAGCCCAGCUUCCACUGACCCCCAGUGCAGAGUUGGAUGACCACAAUUCAGCCUUGAACACAAGGGACACUUUGAAAAUCUCUAAUAUGAAUCCCUUGCACGGUCCUCCAGACCACACAGAUCUACUUGCAGAAGAUCCUUCAGAAGAUUUCUGCCAGGGACUAAAUGCAGAAGAUAACUCGAGUACCUUCAACGUAAAUCUGCUAACACAAAUUCUUGUGGAUACCAUGGAAGGCAGUCUGUGUUCACAGUAUGCUGUCUACCCUGAAAACCUUCCUAGCUUUGAUGUUAACUUUCAUUCACGUGACUUGACACAUUCUAGUUUCACCCCAUCUCCGGAGGGAAAUGGUAUGACCCAAGACCGACUGACAUCUCCCUCCAGUAUCUUUCUGGUUGAUGAGGAGGAGGAUGUCGAGGAUGAAGAUGGUCUCCCAAACCCACUUAGUGACCUCUUAGAGGAUGCUGCCAUCUUGGAUGAGAUUAGAUUGUUGGACCUGGCUCUGGAGGAAGGAUUCAGUCCUGAGAUGGCAGCCAGGCUGGAAGAGGAGGGCUACCUUGACUGUAAAACAGCCCAACAGGAAACUGACAGAGAUGAUGACCACUCAGACUCCAGUAUGGCCUUCACAGAAGAUCAGGAUCAACCAAGACAUCCGCAAGAUGGCGAGAAUGAAGCAGACUCUGACUCUGGGCUUUCUCUGGACUUCAGCCACAGCCCAGCUUCUCCAUUUGCUUCCGAGGCCUCCUCUUAUUCUUCUUCCUCCUCCUCCUCUUCAUCUUGUGUGUCGCCUGUGGAUAGUCCCUUCUCUGAAGACGAGGACAAAGAUGCUGAGGAAGGGUUAGUUGGUUUAGAUAUGGAAGUGGAGGUGACCAUAAAGCAGGAGGAGCUGGAAGAGGAGGAGAUGGGGGCAGUAGGAGGAGGAUACCCUGAAGAUGUUAAGAAGCCCUUUCCUCCCAACUAUAGGGAUCACAAGCUGUUUAAUGACUUUCCUUGGCUGGAGCAUAUCGACCACGAUCACACAUACAACCAGCCCUGGUCAUCUGCCUCUUCUCCACCCCUGGGCAAGAUGCCCACCAAAGACACCAAAUCCUCCCUGCAACAUGACAAUGCCAAGCCUUACCACCGUUCCUCUUCCAGACACAUCUCUGAGACCAAAAUGUGGAACCGGGAUGAAAAGCGUGCACAAGCCCUGAAAGUCCCUUUCUCCAAUGAGAUGAUUGUUAAUCUGCCAGUGGAGGAGUUUAAUGACCUCCUGGCCAAUUACCAACUCAAUGAGGAGCAGCUUACCCUCAUCAGGGACAUACGACGCCGCGGUAAGAACAAAAUAGCUGCCCAGAACUGCAGGAAGAGGAAACUGGACAUGCUGCUGGGACUGAAAGACGAUGUGUCCAGUUUGAGGCGCUACCGUUCGCGGCUGCUUCGAGAGAAACAGGAAGCCCUGAGGAAUCUGCUGGAAAUGAAGCGGCAACUGGGCAUGUUGUACCAGCAAGUCUUUUCCAGGCUGAGGGACGAGGAGGGGAGGCCACUGGACGCUAUGGAGUAUCUGCUUCAUUUUGAGCCCGAUGGUAGUGUCACAGUGGCUUCACACCAACAAGGGGUAGUGCUGCCACUGACAAAAACCAGCAAGAAACAGAGGGACAAGAAGAAGUGAGGAGGUGGACAAGACAUUAGAAAAUGUAGGAACAGGAGUGUGAUCAAAACCACAAAAAAAGCAGGAAAUACUGAUGCGCUGGUGAAUGAAGGAACACAGGAAUUCUUUGUCUGGUGUCAAUGGAAGGUGCUAAAAGGUACCAUGAAAUCCUCAAACACCCAAACAGAUAUCCCUGACAGUGAUAUUUUUAUUUAAAGAAUUGGUGGAUGGCUGGAAGGACAGAGGAAAUCAAGACAGGAGUAAGAGAAGUUCUUUGAAAGAGGUGAUUAUCAUGAUGAUGUUCAUGGUGAUAAAACCUUUACUCCAGGAUUCUUCAUUAUAAACAUUUUCUACACUGGAAAAUAACUUGAGUUCAACUCUUGUUAAGCUCAAACAACUCUGAAGUAAGUCUAGUCCACUACAUAGUGGAAUCAAAACAACAGAUGAUAGAUGACCUGGGACCAGCGUUUUAAAAUGCUGUGUCAAUGCCUAUGCACAAUCCUGCUUUCUCUUGCAUCAGCAACUCAGAUACUUGAAAAUAUUGAGUUGAACAAGCCAACAGACUGAUAGGCUGAAUCCUGGCUGGCAGCUAAUAAUAGCCAAACACUUGCAGACACUACAAUGACUCUGAGCCACCAAGGAAGGGUUGUUGGUACACAGGAAGGGAAGUUGUGAUCAUGCCCCCUUGAGCUGGUAUGGGUGCAUCAUCUCACUUAAAGACAUUCAGCAGGCUAAAGACUUGGGGACAUGGGGAUCAAACCUGGGUAUGUUCAGUUCCCAGAUGGUGCAGUAACCACAGGCCACCCCAUUGCCAAAACGAACCAUGCUUUUCACCAAAACUCCAAGACGUUAGGUACCAUCUCGAGCAGAACCCUUUCAAAUUCUAGCAAGAGAGGAAAUUUGCCACCUUGCUGAACUUCUUGGAAUAGUACAUACGUUAAAACAGACUUCAAGUCUGGCAGUUUUCCAGGAAAUUGACCCAUGUUUUAAGAGUGCCACUCCUACCACUUGACUAACUUGAGAAGGUAUAAAUGACAAUUCACAAAAAGCAAAACUUUGUCUAUAUAAGCUAUACCAGAAUGUGGCAACACUUGUUAGUAGGAUAUAUUCAUUGUUGCUUUGGGUCUCAGAGGAUAUGUUGAUAAUAAUAACAAAAAGAUAAAAUAAUACCACCAUUAUGCUUUAAGGUGGAUAUAUGGUCUUUGAGAAAAAUGGUGGGAUGAUGCGUCAUCAUGCAUCAUGGCCAUCCAUAUGAUUCAGUGGCAAAUGCAUUAAGUAAUGAAAUAAGAAUGAAGAAUUUGGUGAAUAGGGUGCUUGCAGCGCCGCCCAUUUUCACACCUGGCCACUCACUGCAGAAAACUGGUAUGGCUGUCGGAUUGCUGAUUUCAGAAAACCAGCCUCCCCCCAUGUACUGGCCUCAAGUAUGGGAGGAGUAGAAAGCAAAAUGUACCAAUUUUUAAGGCUACGUGGAUUUGUGAAUGACAGAUAUGAUUAACUGACUGAGGAAUUACUCUUUUUACCCAUAAGUGGUGCCUGUAUUGUUUUUUUCUUGUGAACUGAAAGCAAGAUAGCAAUAGGUUUUACCUGUGGCUUUCACUGAUGUGUUUUUGUGUAUUUUCAACACACCUGUGUCUGUGAAGCUGGGGAAAUCUGUGUUCCAAAUGUAGCUAAAGGGUAGCCCCACUCAUGACCUAAAUUCAAAACCCAGGAUUGGAACCUCUUAUUACUCCUGUCAGAUCUUUAAUACAUGGGAUAAAACUAAACAACAACUGAGUUACAUUGUCAAGCUGUUAAUGUUUUAAGAUUGAUAGGUCAAAAUGUAUAUCAAAUGCCAAAGUUUCUCCAAACUCAAGGCUUAGUUGUGAAUUGUUUGCAGUUAGCUUGUCACCCUCUGGUGGUUGUGCACAUAGCUGAGUAAGACAGAACUACAUGGAGAUUCUGAUGAAACUAUUACUACAAGGAAUUAAGGAAUGGCAGCAGUUUGACUUCUUGAUGCUUAAUUACAUAUUAACACAUUUUACCUAAAUCUACAGUAUUCUAGAUUGUCAUUGAGAAAGUCUUCUGUUCAAAAGGUAUAGUUUUAAUAAAGCCAUGCAACUAAUAAUACUAAUAAACGAGUUGUGUCUUAUUGGCAAAUUAAAUUUAGAAUUUCUCAGGAAUGAACACAGCCAGAAGAACAUUUAUUUAUAGCAGCUACUUCUCCCUACAUGUGUAGUCAGAUCUCUGACAAACAUAUUUAAUUUGUAAUGUUGUUGGUUCUUUUUAGGCAAGAAAUUAUCAGCUGUUUAGUGUUUCAUAUGGUGGAUACUUCAUUUUAGAAUCAAACGACUGCAUAUGCCUGUGUAAUAACCAGCAUGCCCAUCACUAUUCAAGGACUUGGGAGCUUGUCUUCUCUGUACUAUGAAAAACUCCCCUAAGUAAAUAAUAAUAAAAAUAGAUUGUAUUUCUUUGGA